AUGAACCCCUUGCUUGUUACCCCUAAAUGGCUUUACGAAGCAGUAAUUAAUAGACGAGUCACUGUUUUUUGUUGUACAGAACCACAACCAAACUGUUUGGGCGAAAACCUGGAUAGCUUUCUGCAAGCACACAUCCCCUCGGCGCGUCCCCUUGUGUGCACAGCAGAUCUCUACCCCCAAGCACCCGUUCCUCCUGUCUCGGAAUUUUGCAAGUGGACAGGCUCCCAGGGCCUUCUCUCAACCCAGUCGAUAAUACUUUAUCAAGACACCACAUCGAGCUUGCACAUAUACAGAGUUUGGUGGCAGUUGCAGUAUCACCAGAUACGUACUGUAUCUCUCCUUGCCGGAAACUGCAAGGACUGGUCUAUGCAGGGCCUUCCUACUGAGCAAGGAGCCCCUUCGAAGAAGGGGACCUUUAGAGAAGCGAACAUCUGGGCGGAUCAUUAUAUGUACUACUCCCCUCAUGAUUUGGAGCUCUUCUUCACUGGCGUUAAGGCCACAAAGGCAUACAAGCAGAAACCCUUUGUGUUUACGCAACUUGUUUACGUUGGAACGCGUGACGAACCAGGAAUAAGGAAGCUUUUCCAUCAUGCGACACACCGUUUCAAGGAUCAACUAAUGGACAACAAGCUUGAGAAGCAAGAAGCCCUAAAGCAUAAGAAAUAUAUUGAGCAAAGGAAGAAGAAUAGACUGUUAUACUAUAGCAUCUUUGACACAGAAAACUUGGACCCCCCACGAACACUCCAACAGUUGCAAUAUCUCCGCUCUACAUCGCCUCCUGCUAGCAGAGUCUUUGACACCACUGUGCGCGACGAAGAUCCGCCUGCCAUCGUCCACAUCCUGCCAUACACUUGCUUUCUGGAUCGCAGUGGUGUACCCAUCUUUAUGCCACGCUUGCUUCCUGGCAAAUCUUCAGAGCCCUCUCAAUGCGAGUAUUCUGCCGAUGACUCUGCUACUGCCACUACUACGCCUGGUAGCGUCCAUAGUAACGAGUCGGUGAGCCACGAGAGACUCGAAGAUGUAGACGAUGAUAAGCAGCUACAGGAGCAUAGAGAGCUCCUGAAUGAACUUUUUUCUUCUAGAAAGAUCAAUCUCAAUAGGCAAACCCUAUUCAUGGGAGAUUCAAUAGAACAAGUAGCAUUUGCUAUCUUUGCUGCUGCUCUGGCAUACGGAGGCGGGAUUUUCCAGUAUACUGCGACAGUGUUGGAAGAUAAACUUAUCAACAAUAUUAACAGAGUACUAGAUGAGAGUGCACGAACUAAGCUUGUCAGAGAUCUAGAUAUGCGCGUGCCUGGCCCCUCAAAAGUUCCACCGCAAAUGCCCAGACCCUCUACUCAGAAUGGAUCCAAAACACGCCUAAAGAGUUCGAACGACUAUGGGCUGAAGACUACUCUGUACAAAGACUAUGUUAACAAGAAGAGAUUGAAAGAUAGCCCCGAACUGUCUUCCGCUCUAGAUACAAAGGACUUUUCGCAGAUGGCAGCUAAACACCAGAUGAUCGAGGACAUUACAGAAAAGCUCCUAGGUAUCGUCCCGAGCACCCAUCAAUCCAGUGAUUCCGUUGAUAAGUAUGUAAAAUUUAAUGUAUAUGCACCACGAUAUUGUCAGGAAGACUUGGAUCUCAUCAUCAAGGGAAUGCAUCCGAACGGCAGACGACUAUCGAACACUGAACGGUUUAAGCUGAGCUUACGUCUACCAAUCUCAGAACUAGAGAGCAGGAAAAUUGACUACUCAGAUCCUGCAACGGUCACAAUGAUUCUUAACGAGCAUAUAAAUAACGUUCCGUCAUUGCAAAGCAAACUAGUAUGCACACAUAGUCGGGGAAACAUGAUUUCUCGUGCAGCAUCGCCUCGUAGUCUUGCUUUCAAGUUCUUUAAUGCACACGACCGGUUAGAACAGCGUACGAGAAUUAGACGUAUAAGCGAGUGCAGAUUUCGUUGGACGUCGCCUGUACUUGACUUGCAAUCACGAUUCAACACAAAUAAUGACUUAGAUUUAGCUAGUAUUUCCAAUAAUGCCAUGCGUUCUUCGUUCACAGAAAAAGAUUCAAGGUUAUCUAAAAGAACGAGCUCCAAAGAAAAUCUUACAACAGAUUCUGCUUCCUUAGUUCACAAUAUCCUUACCAGAAGUAUCGUGAGCCCGUCAAAGGCUCGAAUUGCCUAUGAUAUUCCCAAAGUAACGUCUAGCAAUAUGGGGAGGCUGGCCUUUGCAGAUCGAAAUCUUGCCAUCUCCCAAUCCGCAAAUAGGAACAAGCUAGCUUCUAAGACGAAGAUUAAUACACAUAUUACACAGUCUAAAUCACAGAGCAAAGACACCUAUUCUCCGCUAAAUGAAAUUGAUGACUACUUUCUGCUUCUAACAGAAAAAUAUAUGUGCAGUAUUGACCAUACGGAUGACGCACGAAGGUACGACAAGUCCGACCUCUCCGCCGCAAGUACGUCGCCUUACUCUUUUCAGUUACGACACUGCUUCAGCGAGCUUAUCGUUGUGCCAUCCUUGGUCCUCUCUGAUAGUGAGUCGUCCACACCUCCCUCUAUACCCACCAGCAUGGUACAACAUGUAAUGAGCUCUCCAUCCAUCCGUUUUCUUACCGAAAAGUAUGGUUCAAAAUACUUCUACUCUAAGGCCUCGUACCUUGUACUUUCUGCAAACACUAUAGAAUAUACUUUUCAGUGCCUUUCGGAAAAGAUUGUGGGCUCGUUCAGGCCUAGAUUUGUCGUGCUACCAGAGUCACCAACGGAAUGGCUAAUGCAAAGCAUGACCGUCAGACAUCUGAACCAGACGAACAUAUAUGAUAUGGCCCUUAGCAUUUACUUGACUGCAGAAGAGGUAGGCCUACUACAUGCUUCUCACAUUAAAGAGUAUGAAAUUGGAAGAACGCGUCACUAUUGGGACAUUCUAUGUAGAGCAUACUCUAAGCAUUGA